GUAUAUAUAUUAAUGUGGUUUUCAAUUUUGUACUUUCUCUCGCUUAAUAAACCACCAAUUACUUUCUCUCUCUUUAAAAAGCGCCUACCUUUGACCGAUCCAAAUGCAGUCCUCUCUUUCUCUCUCUCUCUGCUAAUUCAAAGCCGAAAGCAAAACCCCAGAAAAAUCCCUCUUUUGGUGUUCAUGAUACGCUUGCUGCGAUUCUUUUAGAAUGUACUCGUGCCUCUCGUAUCCUGUCGCCGCUAAACCCAUCAACAAUUUCUCUCCGAUUUCGCCGCCGAAAAAGGCUGCUUCUGUGAGAAAUUCGGUGCAGGCGGCGGCGUCGUCGUCUUUUAAGUCUGCAACCGCCAGGGACAACAAGAACGAGGCGCUGGCAGUGGUGGCGGGGAGUUUGUAUGAGAUACUAAGGGUGGAGAGAACGGCGUCGUUGAACGAGAUCAAGACGGCGUACCGGAGAUUGGCCAAGGUGUACCAUCCCGACGCGAUGGGAUCGUCAUCGGACGGCCGUGAUUUCAUCGAGAUACAAAACGCAUACGCGACGUUGUCGGAUCCAUUGGCGAGGGCCAUGUAUGAUAUGUCGUUGGGGGCACGUGCGAGGCGGGUCAGGAGACGGGUUUACCCGAUCAGAAGAUGGGAGACCGAUCAGUGCUGGUAGCAGUUAGGACACAGACAUUGUUGGGAAAAUGUAGGAAAUUUCAGACACGUCACGUGACUUGGCAAUGUUUGUUAGAAUUUGGUGUAAAUUCUUCUUAGAAUUUGGCGUGUGUGAUAAGAGUAGAUUGGGUAUUUUUUUAAGCUUGCUUCUUGGCAAUGCGAUUGUUAAUUUUUACAUAUUUUUUUAAUUCCUAAUCUACUUGAAUCUAAUACUUAUUUUGCUGAAAAAGAUAUUACACAUUUCUUCACAAUUCCAAUGACAAGCAAGCUGAUCCAAAUUCAUUGGUUAAUAUGUCAUUUAUAAUAAUAAUUUUGUAUUAAAUGCAAUAUAGUUAAUAAUUACUAAUGCAUUGGAUUUGGAUGAAUAUAUCUAAAAAAAAAAAAAAAGCC